UUCCAGAGAUAUCCACAGUGAAGAUCGUCUUCUGAAUCCUAUCCAGAAAGAACACCAUUUUUCGGAUCGAACUGAUUCAUAGUAACAAUGGCGGUUCUUCUUCAACUUCAUCCUCCCUUCCGAUUUCGAAAUACUUCGAAGAAUUUUACUCAUUUAGUUACUACCAGAGCAUCAUCAUCAUCAUCAUCAUCUGUAUCGAAUCAAUCUCUUUCGACCCACAAAUCAUCAGAUUUCGGCCGAUUGGUUUCUAAAUUUAAAUCCAAUUCUCUGAGUUUUGCGCUCUCGGGAACCCUAGCUCUCGCAGUAGCUCUUUCUGGAGUUGGAUUUGCUGAGGCAAAAGUUGGAGUUAAUAAGCCUGAAUUACUUCCCAAAGAAUUCACAACAGUUAUUGAUGUUGCUGGGUUCCUCUCAGAUGGUCAGGAGAAAAGACUUGCAAAGGAGAUUGAUUCUAUUGAAAAAGAUACAGGAUUCAAGUUGCGAGUUCUAGCUCAGAACUAUCCUGAUACACCUGGGUUGGCAAUCAAAGAUUUCUGGCAAGUGGAUGACAGAACUAUAGUUUUUGUUGCUGAUCCUACCUUUGGGAACAUUUUGAACUUCAAUGUGGGUGAGUCCGUGGAUUUAGAUAUACCACGUAGCUUUUGGAGUCGGUUGGCAGGGAAAUAUGGAAAUAUGUUUUACUGGAAAGAGAAGGGAGAGGAUGCAUCUGUUGAAGCUGCAGUUAUGGCAAUAUCUAAUUGCUUAAGAGAACCUGUGGGAGCAAACAAUUGUGCAGAGGUCAAAUAAAUGGCAGGUCAUCACAAUUCAUACCAUGAACCCAAUUUACUGUAAAGAUUGUAUAUCUUCAGAGACAAAAGCUAGCUAGCAAGAGUAAAGCCAUCUAAUGUUCGUUUUCUCUAUAUAUAUUUGAGCAAAAUCGCUCCAGAGGUCCAUUAA